CUAAACAGCUAACAAAAAGAAAAAGUGGUUGAGGUGUGUGAUCCGUAACAGUGAGAAGAAGAAAGGGUGAGAUGUCAAAGCAAUGGCAAUGGAGUUCCGCUUGGACGUUGCUUCUCUUUCUCAUCUUCUUCCUCUCCUCAACAACAACAAGCACCACUGACUACGCUUGCAAAUUCUCCCAGUCCCACCCCUUCUGCGACACUUCCCUCCCCACUCUCACACGUGCGCGCUCCCUCGUGUCCCUCCUCACUCUCCCUGAGAAGAUCCUCCUCCUCUCCAACAACGCCUCCUCCAUCCCCCGCCUCGGCAUCCCCGCCUACCAGUGGUGGUCCGAGUCCCUCCACGGCCUCGCCCUCAACGGCCCCGGCGUCUCCUUCGCCGGCGCCGUCCCCUCCGCCACCAGCUUCCCCCAGGUCAUCCUCUCCGCCGCCUCCUUCAACCGCUCCCUCUGGCUCCGCACCGCCGCCGCCAUCGCCCGCGAGGCCCGCGCCAUGUUUAACGUGGGCCAGGCCGGGCUCACCUUCUGGGCCCCCAACAUCAACCUCUUCAGGGACCCUAGGUGGGGCCGCGGCCAGGAGACCCCCGGCGAGGACCCCAUGCUCGCUUCUGCUUAUGCUGUUGAGUAUGUUAGAGGCCUUCAGGGACUCAGCGGAAUCCAAGAUGCUGUCGUUGUUGAUGAUGAUGAUACGCUUAUGGUGUCUGCGUGUUGCAAACAUUUCACUGCUUAUGAUUUGGACAUGUGGGGACAGUUCUCCAGGUAUAACUUCAAUGCUGUGGUAUCACAACAGGAUUUGGAAGACACUUAUCAGCCCCCAUUUCGUAGUUGUAUUCAGCAAGGGAAAGCAAGCUGCUUGAUGUGUUCCUACAAUGAGGUGAAUGGUGUUCCUGCUUGUGCUAGCGAGGAACUCCUGGGACUGGCUAGAGACAAGUGGGGGUUUAAAGGGUACAUCACCUCAGAUUGUGAUGCUGUGGCCACGGUUUAUGAGUAUCAGAAAUACGCAAAAUCCCAGGAGGAUGCUGUUGCUGACGUUCUCAAAGCAGGUAUGGAUAUUAAUUGCGGGACGUUUAUGCUUCGACAUACUGAAUCUGCUAUUGAGCAAGGAAAGGUUAAAGAGGAAGAUUUAGAUCGAGCACUUCUUAACCUUUUCUCUGUUCAACUGCGCCUUGGACUGUUUGAUGGAGACCCUAUAAGAGGUCGGUUUGGCAAAUUGGGACCAAAGGAUGUUUGCACCCAAGAACACAAAACACUGGCACUUGAUGCUGCAAGGCAGGGGAUUGUACUGCUGAAGAAUGACAAGAAGUUCCUUCCCUUGGAUAGGGAUAUUGGUGCCUCCUUAGCUGUCAUUGGUCCAUUGGCAACUACAACCAAAUUAGGUGGUGGCUACUCAGGAAUUCCUUGCUCCUCAUCAAGCUUAUAUGAAGGACUUGGAGAGUUUGCAGAGAGGAUAUCAUACGCUUUUGGUUGCUAUGAUGUACCAUGUGAUUCUGAUGACGGUUUUGCUGAGGCCAUUGACACUGCAAAGCAAGCUGAUUUUGUUGUUAUAGUUGCUGGGCUUGAUGCAACGCAAGAGACAGAGGAUCAUGACCGAGUUAGUCUUCUCUUGCCUGGUAAACAAAUGAACCUUGUAUCAUCUGUAGCUGAUGCUAGUAAAAAUCCAGUUAUUCUUGUUCUUAUUGGUGGAGGACCUCUUGAUGUCUCUUUUGCUGAAAAAAAUCCACAAAUCGCAAGUAUUAUUUGGUUGGGAUACCCUGGUGAAGCUGGUGGAAAAGCUCUAGCUGAAAUUAUCUUUGGAGAGUUUAAUCCAGCCGGAAGACUGCCAAUGACUUGGUACCCUGAGGCAUUUACUAAUGUUCCCAUGAAUGAGAUGAGCAUGCGAGCUGAUCCUUCACGUGGUUAUCCAGGAAGGACCUACCGGUUUUAUACUGGAGGUAGAGUAUAUGGAUUUGGGCAUGGUUUAAGUUUCAGUGAUUUUUCAUACAAUUUCUUAUCAGCUCCAAGUAAAAUUAGUUUGUCUAGAACCAUCAAAGAUGGUUCUAGAAAGAGAUUAUUAUAUCAGGUAGAGAAUGAGGUUUAUGGAGUUGAUUAUGUUCCAGUUAAUCAGUUGCAAAAUUGCAACAAAUUGAGCUUCUCAGUGCAUAUUUCUGUGAUGAACCUUGGUGGUUUGGAUGGAAGCCAUGUUGUAAUGUUGUUCUCUAAAGGGCCAAAAGUUGUAGAUGGUUCUCCAGAAACCCAAUUGGUUGGGUUCAGCCGUCUGCAUACUAUUUCUAGCAAACCAACUGAAACAAGCAUUUUGGUGCAUCCUUGUGAACACUUGAGCUUUGCAGACAAGCAAGGAAAAAGGAUUUUGCCCAUGGGCCCCCACACUUUGAGUGUAGGGGACUUAGAGCACGUUGUUUCAAUUGAAAUUUAUUGAUUGCUUGUAAAAUGUCAAAUGUGUAAUUUAUCGAAGGGUUGGCAAUUUAUUAAAAAAUUUAAAUGAGGAUGAUAUCAAAUGAUGUAUAUGUUUGUGACUGUCACAGCGUUAUUGAGAACCAAAGUCUUUUUUUAGUCAUGAA